AGUCGCAGAAAACACUCACAAAGACAGAGUGCGUUCGUUGACGACAAACACACACAAACACACAACAAAAGCUCGCCGGAAAAUCUUUCUCCGGCGACCUGGAAUUCCGACGAAGGUAGUUGCGGCUCCUUCGUCCCGAAACUGAGGCCCUCAAAGUAUAAACUUUGGUGGUGGUGGGUAGGAUCUGGCGGUGUAUGAUGGGAUCUUGCAUAUGCCCGUUGGAGACUCCGGCGAGGUUGCUUUGGACCACAAGCUUCUUCCGUCAUAAGCUUAUGAUCUUCUAAUAAUUAAUAAUUCACGCACACAAACAAACAAACAAACAAACAAAAAACACUUCAUAACAACAACAACAACCCUUCUGAAAUUCUCAACACAAGUUUCAAAAAACAGAGUAAAAGAAACAGAGCAAAAACACACACACAAAAACACAAACACAGACACCUUUUAAGUAUUAAGGUGUCUCUUUCUCUCGCCGGAAAGUUUCUCCGUCGGCGGUGGUGAUUGACCGGAGUGCCAUGGAGUCUGGACGGAUUUUCUUUGGUGCCUCUGCUUCAAGCGGCAACAACAUGCUCUUUCUCGGCAACACUGAACUUGCUUUUCGAGGGAGAUCGAUGAUGAGCAUGGAGGAAGCCUCGAAGAGGCGACCUUUCUUCACCUCACCGGAUGAACUGUAUGAUGAAGAGUAUUAUGAGAAGCAGUCGCCGGAGAAGAAGCACCGCCUCAGUUCCGAACAGGUCCAUCUGUUGGAGAAGAGCUUUGAGGAAGAGAACAAAUUGGAGCCUGAGAGGAAGACCCAGUUGGCUAAGAAGCUGGGAUUGCAGCCCAGGCAGGUGGCUGUGUGGUUUCAGAACCGCAGGGCUCGAUGGAAGACCAAGCAACUUGAAAGGGAUUUUGAUGUUCUCAAGUCUUCAUACGAUACCCUACUUUCAUCCUAUGAUUCAAUUAUGAAGGAGAAUGAGAAACUCAAAUCUGAGGUGGUAUCCUUAAAUGAAAAGCUUCAAGUUCAAGCUAAAGAGGUGCCUGAGGAACCAUUAUGUGACAAGAAAGUUGAUCCAAUUCCAGUAGAUGAAGAUAUGGCUCCGAUUUUCGGCACAAGGGUGGAGGACCACCUGAGUAGUGGGAGUGUUGGAAGUGCGGUGGUGGAUGAGGGUAGUCCACAGGUGGUUGUUGACAGUGUUGAUUCAUACAUUCUAGCUGACAACUAUGGUGGAUGUGUGGGCCCGGUCGAGAGGGUUCAGUCGGAGGAGGAGGAUGGGAGUGAUGAUGGGAGGAGUUACUUGGAUGUGUUUGUGGUAUCUGAAACUGAGCACCAAAACCAUGAGGAAGGAGAGACAUUGGGUUGGUGGACUAAUAUGUAUUAUGUUGGAUAAAAUGGUAAUGCAGCAGUGCUUUCGAAAUUAGAUGCUUAAUUAAGAAAACGUAAUAAUAUUGUAUAAUGUAUCAUGUGGGCGAGGGAGGAAAAAGUAAACGCCUGGAUUGGGUGGCUUGGACCCCUAGGAGGAGUUGAAGUGUCCUUAACCCGAGUUUAAUAAAUAAAGUCUAGUAGUAAUUUGGUCAAUGGUGUCUUGUGUUGGUUAAUGGUUGUACUGCCAAAAUUACAGUAAGUAUAUUUCUUGUUCAAGUAUUAAAACAUGGUUAAUUAGUACUAUACAAAAUUUGAGCUGUCUC